CGCUCGGCGUGCUGAGCGAGACGGAGGCUGCGCUCCUGCUCGACGGCCGCAGAGUGCACAGGUUCCUCGCGAGGACACGACCGCACGGCUUGGAGUCUACGCGAGUAUAGUCGAGCGCGUGUGCAGGUUCGUUCAUGGUGACAGCCCCGGACACGGUAAUCCCGCCGCCAUCGGAGUCGGCCGCCGUGCGGGAGGGCAGCGAACCCGUUCCCCGCUACGUGCAUCCGCAGAAGUUCUGCCCAGAGACGGAGCGAGCUGCUGCAGCCGCUCACCUCAGCGAGCACGGAUUCGUCGUGUUCUCUCACGCUCUCACCGUGGCCGAAUGCGAGCACGCGCUAGACGGGCUGUGGGCCUGGCUAGAGGGGCUCGGCACAGGCGUCGAGCGGCGGCGGCCCGACACGUGGGACGACGAGCGCUGGCCUCGCUGCGUCGAGGGCGGCAUCCUGCCCUUCCACGGCAUCGGGUGCUCCGAAUUCAUGUGGCGCAUCCGGAGCAACGCCAACGUGCGCGCGGCCUUUGCCGCCGUGUGGGGCGUGACGUCGGACGACCUGAUCACCUCGCUCGACGGCGCGGCCGCGUUUCGGCCGUGGAGGCGGCGGCCGGAGCGGCGGACGCGCGGCGGUUGGCUGCACGUGGACCAGAACCCGGCGAGGCCAGAGUUCGAGUCGCCGGGGGAAGGGGGCGCAGUCCUCGCGGGCGGGGAGGAGGAGGAGGAGGAGGAGGACGAGCUGCUGCGCGCGGUCGCUUUUGUCUGCCUCGUCCCCCGCUCGCGCGCCUCGGAGGAGGUGAUUCGGAGGCGAAAGGCGGCGGUCCGGGCGCGCGUCACGACGGCGCACCGGCCAUAUGUCUUCCAGCCGACGCACGAGUACAGCGUGUACUGCGACGAGCAGAUGGCGCGGUACUCUGUGCCGCGCGACGAGCCGCUGCUAACACCGCUUGCGGCGCGGCUGGUUGGGUACAGCGAGGCCGAGAUUGCCGCCGGGGAGCACCUGCCAGCGGCACGGUCCGGAGAAGGGGUUUAAAAGGCAGCGGGGAGGGGGGCGGCAUAUGCGCGCGCGAGUAGUUCUCGACUUGCGGUGGCGGCGGUGACGAGGCGGCGCGCUAGGCGGCGCGAGAUCGCCCAGGUGCUGAGCGUGCGAAAGUUUAUUGCUCAGCUGGUUCGCCGCCUCCCUCGGGGUGCUGCGGACCUCCCUUCCAAAGAGCCUCUC